CGAUUUGCUUAGCGAGCUUACUAGAAAGAGAGAGAGAGAGAGAAAGUAAGAGAGACGUGUGAGAGAAAUGGGGAUCAUAAAUCCAUUUGAUGAAGAGAGCGUUGUGAUUGAAGAACUCCGGCGGAUGCUGUUGUCCUGCUCCGCCGUCCAUCGGAGAAAAGAAGAAGAUAGAUUCAACGAUCAGCGCCCCAAUAUUCAACCAGAUGACGAUACAGAAAAGCUCGUCUGCGUUACCAGCGGUGUAUCAUUCCUUGGCCUCUCUAUUGUCAAUCGUCUCUUGCUUAACGGUUACUCCGUCCGUGUUCUAGUCACUAAUCAAGAGGACAUGGAGAAGCUAAGAGAGAUUGAUAAAAAUGGCACGAGCAUGAUGACAGCAGUUAUGGCGAAUAUUAAUGAUAUUGAUAGCCUAUCAGAAGCUUUUAAUGGCUGCCGUGGAAUUUUCCAUACCUCUGCUUUCGUUGAUCCCGCCGGCCUUUCUGGUUAUUCGAAAGCAAUGGCUGAUAUUGAAUUAAAAGCCUGUGAGCAUGUCAUGGAAGCAUGCGCAAGAACAUCAUCAGUAAGAAGCUGUGUGCUCACUUCAUCACUUUUGACCUGCCUUUGGCAAGAGAAGAGGACCACUGACCCUUCCACCAUAGUUAACCACGAUAGUUGGAGUGACCAAUCAGUAUGCUUGGACAAGAAGUUGUGGUAUGCAUUGGGUAAACUAAAAGCAGAGAAAUCAGCUUGGAAUAUAGCUGAGAAGAGUGGACUAAGGCUGGUCACUAUUUGUGGUGGUCUAGUUACUGGUCCUGAAGUUUCCCAUAGAAAUCCCACUGCAACUUUUGCCUAUCUAAAAGGAGUUCAAGAGAUGUACGCAAACGGGUUGUUAGCAACCGUCGAUGUUGGAAGUUUAGCUGAUGCACACGUCGUUCUUUAUGAAGCAAUGGACAAGACAGCGUUUGGAAGGUAUGUAUGUUUCGACGAUGUUAUUCAAUGUGAAAACAAAGCAGCAAAAUUGGCACAGGAGCUUGGUUUAAAGGCUGCUGUAAUUACUGGAAAUAGCCAGAAUUUGGAAGAGCCUUCUCAUCAUCCUUUUCAAUUAUCAAAUGUAAAGCUCUCAAAUCUGAUGUUGAGAAGACUGAGUUGUAAUGAUUAUAACUCAUGAACCAUAUAUAUCUAGUGAUUUUAUAUGGUCAGAUUUAUAUUAAAUUA